AUGACAGCUUAUGAGUUAUUUCAAGGCUUGUCUGAGCAAACAAGUAAGUCAUCACAGUUGAGAAAAGAACAGAUGGGGUCUACAAGUUUAAGAAGAAAGCCAGAUCUGCAAAUCAUAUUGAAGCAAGGUACAGUGGAAGAUGAACUAAUUCUUGCCAAAGCUUUGAGACUAUUCCCCCAACAUGAUAAAGAAGAUCUAGACUAG